UUCUUUUCUUGAAGAUUAACUAUCAUUUUAACUUAAACCUUAGGUUUAAUUAUUGAUGCUUUUGGUGAGUUAAGAGAUCAGCAAGAGCAAGUAAAGGAAGACAUGGAGACAAAGUGCUUUAUCUGUGGAAUAGGAAAUGACUACUUUGAUACAGUGCCCCAUGGCUUUGAAACACACACACUACAGGAGCACAACUUGGCCAAUUAUUUGUUUUUUCUGAUGUAUCUUAUUAACAAAGAUGAAACAGAGCAUACAGGACAGGAAUCCUAUGUAUGGAAAAUGUAUCAAGAACGGUGCUGGGAGUUUUUCCCUGCUGGUGAUUGCUUCCGAAAACAAUAUGAAGACCAGCUCAACUAAGCAGAGAUGAGGAUUUCUGGACAAAAAUGUCCAUGUAUUUCCCAGCUCUUUUGGGAAUGUCUAACAGAUUUCUUAAAUCCCCAAAGCUGUGUGCUUUUUGGAGCACCAAAGCUCUGUUUUUAAUGAUCCAACUGCUCUUUUAUUUUCUUGUGUAUUUGCUUUGAGAACACUGGAGUAAAGAACAAUGAAAAAUUACAGCAACUCUGGAAAUGAACCAACCACUUGCACACACAAAAGAUGUCCCUAUACAUAACAUGCACACACAAGAAGAGACUUGAGACAGCUUAUUUCUGAAACUGCCAGAUGAUGCCCUUGUUUGUAAGAUCACAUAUGGGGUGACAUGGUAGCAACACUCAUUCAGUCUGUUUAUUUCAUCAUCCUGGAAGGAACUAUAUGUAGUUCACAGAGCACUGUAAAAGAUUGUUGUGGACACUAAGUUGUGGGAAAUAGUGCCUUACUAUAUGUGGGUUGAGCUAUGCAGAAGAUGAGUGCAUGAUGACAUCAUAUUUUUUUUCCUUUAUGUCUUCCCUUUCUUCCAAGUUAAUAUUUAUUU